UUUGUCUCUUUCCGAUUUACUAACGUAACGUUAUUUAGGGUGUAAAAACAUCGAUAUUCCAAGACAACUGUCAAAAAUCUUUGGAUGCUGUGAUAAUUGUGAGAAUAUUUCGUAUUUUUUUCUCUAAUAUGUCCUAGAUUGUGACAGUAUAUACACGUUAAAGUGCUAGAAUUCAUGAUUUCUUUAAACUAUGUGGAUAUAAAAAAAGGAAUUUGUGAUGUUUGUGUAUAAAUAAAGUGUUUCCAAAGGAUUGACCACUUAAUUCGGAUUACGACUAUACGAAUCGCCCAGCUAUGUUCAACUUUAUGAAAAAGUCCACCGUGCUGGCUGGAGGCGACAACGGUGGCUACGAUGAUCGCGACGGAGAGAAAGAACGAAGAAAGAAAGAGAAGAAGGAGAGGAAGGAACGAGAGAAGAGAGAGAGGAUCGCAGCUGGCCUCGAAGAGCCUCUCCGACUUGAGGAGGUUCGACGAUCGCUCAAAUUGCGGGGUAAACGCAAGGAAAAGGAAAAGUUGCCUUCUGGUAUCACCGCUGACUACACCGCCUCGCUGUUCGCCCAUCUGGAACACGAUUCCAAUUAUUCGAACUACCCGCUGAUUUCCAACUCCGGUUCGAAUUCGAACUUGAGCGACGAGACAAACCAUUUGUCGCCGAGCUUCCCCACAACGCACACCUUCCCCACAACGCACACGUGGGGCAAAAAAGAAAGCAUUCUACAGUCGGAUAGUUCAGAGACCUCUCUGAAUUCCUUGAAUAACCCAAAUAAUAUUAACAACACCAGUCCACGGCAACCGCCGAAUCUACCUCCGAUACCACCUCGACCUCCAAAACGAGGAAUCCUUAAAGGCCCUCGUCUAAGCAAUACUAGUUCGAAUUCUCAAGAGAGUAACGUUAAUAAUGCAGAUGUAGUGGACCAUGUGAUCAACGGUCAAGAUUCUAACCUGUUGGCACGUAACACGCAGCAAAACGAAACCGUGUCUUAUGGUAUUUCUGCAUCGAAGAGUACUUCCUCCAGUGAUGAUUUGCAACACGUUCAAAACUUUACAAAGAAAGUCAUUCACAGUCCCGUGGAGAUGCAAAGUAAAAAUUAUAAAAACAGCUCCACCAAUCCAACAAUCACAACACAAGAUGUUGAUGCAGCGCCAAAGACGAACGGAAACAGUUACAUGGGAAUAACAUCCACUUCUCCCAGCGCUGAUUCCUUGACCGACACCACGACAAAUUCCUCAUUUGCUACACCACCGUUUUCUACGUCGCCCGUUGGUGAAUCUCAGGGUUUCCACAGAUGGUCACGAACCAGUAACUUCGACGAUACCUACCUACCAUUACCGGCCAUAAUGCCAGUUCAACUGCCGAAGCCGAGAACAUUAACGAUUCAAAGGCAAAAAGCACCGCGAAACGACUUCGGAUUCAGUUUACGAAGGGCAAUGGUCCAAGAAAGAAUAUUCAUAGGCGAUCUAAAUAGUCACGGAAAUGGCUUAACGAACGGGGAUAACAAAUGUAGUGGCACCACUAAUUUGAUCAGCAAAUUGAUUUACAAGGCCGUUAUCCUAGCAGAGCCCGGUUCUUAUCCUGGAGCCAGCGAGACGGGCCUAUUACCCGGUGACAGAUUGCUCGAAGUUAACGGUAUUAGCGUUGAGGAAAAAAGCAGAGAAGAGGUCAUCGAUCUGAUUAAGGGCAGCCAAGAUUACGUUACUAUCAAGGUGCAACCAAUAGCCGAGCUGUGUGAGUUGUCGCGCAGACGUGCGGCAGACGGUGGCGGUGACGUGGAUCUUUUAGACAGCAACGUCCGUGGAGGCACCCUGAGCCGGUCCGGAAGUCGCCGUUUCACAUCCGCCCAGGCAAAAUCGGAGGAGCAGUUAGCAUGCGAAAAGGAGUGGCUCCAAGCCGGUCACAUGUGGCUGGCGCAUCGCGGUGGCUUCACUGCCGUAGUGAGAGAGGGUGACGCAGAAGCUGGUCGCACUAAAGUACGCGUACUACAAACCGGGGAGGUCCUGACUGUUGAUGAAGAUGACCUAGAGAAGGCGAAUCCGAUUCAGCUGGAGCGCUGUGAAGACAUUGCCUCCCUGCGUUGUUUGAACGAAUGUGGCGCUCUCAAUGUGUUGAGGUCUCGAUAUGCCGCCGGACUGACGCACUCCCGCGCCGGUCACGCUCUCCUGGUAAUGGGUCCACCUAAACGGACUGCCCCGAUUUACACCGAGAAGGUGGCGGCUAUGUUCCGCGGCUGUCGCGCCGAUGACAUGCCGCCUCACGUGUUCGCCGCAGCUCAAUCUGCGCACCGCUGUAUGCUCGCGUCUAGGCGAGAUCGAGCCAUAGUCUUCCUCGGCAGGUCUGGUUCGGGUAAGACAUCGGCAAUGCGGCACUGCGUUUGGUACCUGGCUAGUGCCUACCCAACUCAAGGCUCGAAAUUGACUCCUGAGCGACUGGACGCAGCUUUCGAUGUCCUACACAUGUUUGGAUCCAGUCGUACUGGAUCUAAUCCUCAUGCGUCGCGUUUCGUGUCUCUGACGUCACUCGACUUCGACGGCGGCGGCGCUCUCGUCUCCGCCUCAGUGCAAACGUUACUACCCGACUUCAAACCUGGUCAGACAACGCUUCGAGCACUCCAUACGCUCUUCCACGGCUGCGACGGUCGCCUCCGUCGCGAACUCCUGUUCGAGCAGGCUCCGGUGACGGCGCCCAACCCCUUCCUCAGCUCUCAAGAGAAGGCCGACGCUCCCGCCGAAUUCUCAGCGCUAAAGGAGGCUCUGCAGAAACUGGGCGUUACGGAAUCCGAGCAGAUGGCCAUUUGGAAGAUCAUGGCUGCUAUAUGUCAUUUGGGAUGGGCUGGUGCCGUCAAAGCCAACUCUGGGUCAGCCGUCAAAUUUCAAUUCGCCAGUACGGGGUGCGGUCAGCGCGCUGCCAAGAUGCUGGGCGUCACUCCCGAGGAGCUGAUGCGAUCUGUCUUCGCCACUGUGCCCACAUCCCCACAGUCCAAUUCCAACUUGAGAACUCCGUCGCCUUCGAACGAGAAAGAGAUAUCGGCGACUGAAGCGCUGGACGGGUUCGUGAACGGCCUCUACAAUGAAACCUUCAACAUCGUCGCUGCACUCGUCAACAGGAGCUUAUCCACGUCGGCGAGGACAUCAGCUUCGAUAUUAUUGCUGGACACUCCCGGGGCUGACAACCCUAUGUGCGCCGGACAACAGAGCGGGGCAGGGCUGUCCAAACUACUGUCUAACUAUCUACAAGAACGUCUCCAAGCUGUGUUCCACGAGGCCAUGCUGGUGGCGCCGCGGGACCGGUACGCGCAGGAGGGGAUCGCGCUCGACGACGGAGCUGAUGAAGACUGGCUGUCGGAAGCGGUGAGCCCGGGACCGAUGGUAGAGCUCUUGGACAAGGCUCCGCAGAACUCGAUCGUGCGGAGCUCACAGACCGACCUGCGGGAAUGCGACCGACGCGGACUACUAUGGCUACUAGAUGAAGAGUCCAUGUAUCCCGGCUCGUCCGACGACACGUUCCUAGAGCGAGUGAUGACGCACUACGGUCCGCCGAAUCAGAUGCAGUACCUCAUCAAGAAGGCCCCGCAUGCCAGACAGUUUAUAUUGCAGCAUUUACAGGGAACUAACCCGGUGCUGUACGACGUGACCGGCUGGGUGAAGGCGAGCCGCGAAAACCCAGUCACGAAGAAGUCCCUCACAUUACUACAGGAGAGCCAGAACGAGGAAGUGUCUCGGCUGUCGUCGUGGGCUCGAGGCGCGUGCGGCGUGAGCGCGUGGUCGGCCGCAGUGGGGGACGCCACUACUCUACGGCGGGCUUCUUCUAUCCGACGAACUCUUACUUCGGGUACGGCCGGUAUGAAGCGGCGCUCGACCGCCCUGCAAGCGAAGUUCGUUGCGGACGGCGUGGUGGACACGCUGCGGCGGUGCGGCACGAGCGGCGUCAUGUUCGUGUGCUGUCUGCUCGCGAACCGACCGACCGACUCGCCCGAUGACGUCAACGUACCGCUCCUACGAUCGCAGUUCCGCGGCUUCCAACUGCUGGACGCGUCGAGGCUUUACAAGCAAGGUUUCCCCGAGCACAUGCCGCUGUCGGAAUUCGCCAGAAGAUAUCGUCUCCUAGCGACAUCCGAGAGUGAAGAGUCCGAAACGAAUCAGCAGCAGACCCUCUCGGACAGGCAGGUCGUCGACGACAUGCUCCUGGCCUUGGACUUGGACGUCACCAGCUACAGGCUCGGCCUCACUCAGAUUAUGUUCAGGGGCGGCGUCGUCGGCAGCUUGGACGCGCGUCGAGACGCCGCGCUUGCCCGCGUGCUCGUUCGCCUGCAGGCGAGGGCGCGCGGGUUGCUCGCCCGACGCAAGGCCCAGCGUUUGCGGACGCAGCACACGGCCGCGCGGUGCAUCCAACGCAACGUGCGGGCCUUCCUCACGGUGCGGGACUGGCCUUGGUGGAGGCUGCUCGUGCGAGUCACGCCCCUGCUCGCCGUGCACAGGACUGAACAUCGACUUAAACAAGCACAGGACGAGUUGGAGACGCUUCGUUCUAAAUUGGACAAAGUCGAAAACGAAAGGACACAUUACAAGAAUGAAACCGAACGACUCGAGACUAAGCUCUCGGAAGUGGGAGGUGAGCUAGCAGAGGAAAGAGCGGCCGCCGGACUCGCAACGGAACGAGCUGACGCCGAGGCUGCAGAACGACUUCGAGUGGAGAAGGAGAACAGAGACUUGGUCGCCAAUAACCAGCGAUUACAGCAGGCUUCAGAGCGUCUAGAACUUGAACUCUUGCAUUGGCGCUCGGCCGAUAGCGGAGCAGCGGAACAUUCAGAUUCGGAGGGCUCCGAAGCGGACGCGGCCUCCGCCGGCGACAAGUACAAGCGGCGAUACGAACGCGCCCACCGAGAGCUGCAGCUGAUCAGGGCGCAAUUGAGACGCCAGCACGAGGACGACCUCGAACAACUCGUUACGGUCAAGAAGCAGUUGGAGAAGAAGGUUCAAGAUGCAUACGAAGAGGUCGAAGAACAGCGAGCCGUGGCCGCGCAAUGGAAACGAAAAUUGCAAAAACUCACCAACGACAUGGCCGACCUGAGGUCGCUUCUCGACGAACAGACGUGCCGUAACAAUUUGCUGGAGAAACGGCAGCGUAAGUUCGACGGUGAGCUACAGGCGGCGCAGGAAGAACUGAAGAGAGAACGAUCGGCCAAGGAGCGGAUCUCUCGCGAGAGAGAUCUAGCGCAGGCGGAGAAGUUCGCAAUGGAGCAGUCCCUUUCUGAAGCUCGUAUGGAGUUGGAGCUGAAAGAAGAGCGGCUGUCGGCGGCGGCACGCGAGCUGGAGGAGCGGGGCGGCGGCGGCGACGAGCUGGCGGCGCUGCGCCGCGCCCGCGCCGACCUCGAGCGCCGCGUGCGCGACCAGGACGAGGAGCUCGACGACCUCGCCGGACAGAUACAGUUGCUUGAAAGUUCGAAGCUUCGCCUGGAAAUGUUACUGGAGCAACAGCGCAAGGAAGCGCGCCUGGAAGCCGCCGCCCGCGACGACGAAAUGGAGGAGACCAGAGCCAACGCUGUCAAGAAACUGAAGAUACUGGAGAGUCAGCUGGAGAGCGAGCACGCCGAGCGCAGCCUGCUGCUCCGCGAGCGCCACGAGCUGGAGCGGCGCCUGGCCGCGCUCGAGGAGGCCGCGCGCGCCGACACGCACGAGCACGCGCAGCUCGCGCAGAGACUCAAGCGGGAUUUGAAGAGGUACCGCGCCCUGCUGCGCGACGCACAGACCAUGCUCGAGCAGAAGGAGAAAGAGGGCGGCGCUAAAACGCAGAUCAGACAACUGAAGAACCAGGUCGAGGAUCUAGAGCUGGCGGUCCGCGCUGCGAUGAAGGCUCGUCAGUCGGCGGAGGCGGAAGCGGCGGAGGCCACCGCGGCGCUGGAGGAGGCCACGCGCGCCCGCACCGACGCCGCGGACCGCGCGCUCGCCGCCGCACGGGACGCCGCCGCCGCGCGCGCACAGCUCGAGGACGCGGAGGAAGAGGCCGCCGAGCUGCUGAAGAAGUACCGCUCGAGCACGACCGCGCUGUGCUCGGCGCAGGGGGCGGCGCGCGAGGCGGAGGCGCGCGCGGCGGCGGCGGGCGAGGAGGCGCGGGCGGCGCGCGAGCAGCUGGCCGAGCUGUCGGCGCGGCUGGCGCAAGCCGAGGCCGGCCACGCGAACUCGCACCACGAGGCCGAGCGGCGCCUGCAUCUCCGGAACAAGGAGUUAGAAUCGAGUUUGGAGUUGGAAGCGACGGCCCGCUCCCGACUGGAGGGGCAGCUGGCGCGGCUGCGAGAGGCGCACGAGCAGCUCACGGGCGAGCUGGCGGCCGCCAAGCAACGGGAGCAACAGACCGUCGAUGAAGUGCGCAAGAUCACUAGACAACUGCGGGACUUGAAAGAAGAGAACCUGUCGUUGAACGCGAAGCUGAGCGAGGCAGCUCGCGCGCGCGUGUGCGCGGAGGCGGGCGCGGCGGCGGCGGCUGCGGAGGCGGCGGCGGCGCGGGAGGACGCCCGGCUCGCUGCACGCCGCGCCGCCGCACUGCAGGAGGCCAUCGCCGGCGACCUCUCCAGCCCCGCCGACUCUAAGGACUCCGACAGCGAGAACGACAGCUACAGUUCUGACGAAUCGAUCGGCACGUUCUUGGCCAAUCAUAAACUGAGUCCGUCAGCGCCGUCGCGCAACAGCAUACAGCUCGAGUCGCAAAGAUCACAGACAUCGGAAGGUCGUCAGAGUCGAUCCAGCGUCGGCUCUGGUUCGAAGCCGCUCAGUCCGACGAAGGAAUCAUUCGCAUAACAGCCAGCCGCCGCCGCCGGCCUGCUCACGAGCGCACUGCCCGUCAUCUGCGCCGUGUUCUGUUCGCGGCAGCGGCACGACUCCGCACACGCCAUCGUCGAAUAAAAAAAAACGUCACGUUGACAGCUCCUGUCAAGCGGACGACAGAGCACAGCUAACACAAACUUUACAGUGUUGUGACUAGUACACCAAACACAAACCUUGUACCUGUACGUGAAAAUAUUACUCUGCUUUGAUUUAUAUAAAUGUAUUCAUAAGAUUACUCCGAACGAUCUAUCGAAAGAAUUAAUAUAUCGAUGCAAUAUUUGACUGGUUUACAAGUUACUCUUAUACAAAAUAAAUGGAAUUAAUAUAACGACAAUAGAUCCUUAAAACUAGACUGCAUAGUAUACAAAAAAAAACAACAAUUUACCCCAAUUUUAUUGAAUAUACUAUUGCUUUUUGAUAAAUUUAGUGUUUGAAAGCUUUUGAUAUUGAUAUUGAGAAUAUUCGAUUUUAAUCAGAUGGCGCUAGUGUCGAUCAAAUCUCGAUCAUCACAUAACAGAAUGCAUUCCAAAAUGUUUUUAACGUACAUAAAUAUAUUGACUUAAAAGUUUUGAUGUUUGAAGAACACUAGCGCCAUUGAUACUAAGUAUGAGUUUUUAAUUUAUUUAGAGUAGAUUUUCUUAGGAGUCAUGUGUAUUAGGAAUUGCGCGGCCCUUAUGCCAGCCAGUCAGUAUUUAGACGGCCUAGUGCCAAUAACACUCGGUUCGCAUGUACGACUUUUAACUUUCAAACACAGAAUGUACUGUGAUAGAAUAUAAAACACAUCACAUAAAAAAUAACGUAGAACAUCUGAUUAAGAAAUGUUGCCAGAGCAAUGCGUGCGAACCGAGUUUAUAACUUACAAAAUAAUAUUUAAGUUCUUUGUUAUUUAGUUAGCUAACUUUUGUAAAUAACUAGAUGACUUAUACAAUUUUUUAUUAUUUAAUUUGUAAUAUUCGUGUGAUCAGACUGUUAUUAUAUGGUUUAUUUGUUAUAGUUGUUGCUUUAUCUCGUAGACAUGGAACAUAUCUGUUAGGAACCCAUUUAUUAGAUAAUUCUUUUAAUUCUAUUUCCUUAACAAUUAUUCUAAAUCUAGGUGUCAUUGAACAAAAAUGAGCAAAUGUAUUUGAAUAAAUGACUGAUUUACAUGCGAACAAAAAGAUCAAAAAUUUAAAUUCUGUGCAAUAACGCCUAGAUAUUUUCAUGUACCCCUAUAUUAUGUAGUGAAUUUUAAAUGCAUAUUUAAUUGUGUAUACUUAUUCAUAUUAAUCCACUAUGUGUCUGUAACUGCAAUUUUAAUGUAUGAAAGUGUGAUGAUAUGUUACACGCUUUCGUCGUUGGUUGUAAAAUGAAAAUUAUUUAAUAAAGUAACUAAAAUUGAAA